AUGAAGAUUUUUCUGGCCGCCGAAGAUACUGGAGCAAUCAAAGAAGUUGUUUUUGACGAGGGAAUGGACACCUCGGUCCAGGACGGACCUCAGCCCCUCAUCACAUCCUUCGCUGCUCUUGGUAAACUGAAGCACAUUCAAAAGCUGGCCCUGGUCACCACAUCAAAGGGCACCAAAUACAUUGCUGCCGCGCGAAAGAACGGUACCAUUGAAGUCUACCCAUACCUUUUGACCGAGGAGUCGACUCCGAUUUUCGUCUACUCUGCUGAGGGGGCAGAAAAAUGUCCCUGGAUUGGUCUUACCCAGUAUGACGACAAUACUGUGGUUGCCGGUCUGGAAGAUGGUCGACUCUUUUUCCUCGAUGUUUCGAAGGUCACCAUUGAGUCCGACAAGCCAUACGACGCCCCCACUGCCUCUGUCAAGGGCCCCUUGGCAUGCUUCGCUCUGGACAGGGAGCUGUAUCCUGGCAAGAUUGCCGUGGGUGGAAAGGAGCGAGAUUUGGAGGUGUUUGGAUGGGCUGUUAAAGGUGACGAAGUCACCGUGAGAUCCGAGUUUCAGGCCCGAAAUGUCAAGUCCAACGAAAUCGAUAUGCGGGUGCCGGUGUGGAUUUCUGGAAUUCUUUUCCAGGCUUCUGACAAGGAUGGAUUCAGAGUCAUCACUGCCACCAGACAUGGACAGAUCAGAGUGUAUGAGACAUGGCAUGGAAAGCGACCGAAGUGGGACUUCAAGGUGACAAAGGAUCCUCUGCGAACCUUGGCACCCGGUAUGGAUGCCUCCAACGUCGUCUCUUCAGAUGCCCACUCCUCUACGUUCAAGUUCAACUUUGCAGACAAUGAGAAGAUUGUACUGAAAAACAAAGACAACAACCAGAACAAGGAACACAACAGAAAGUCUCCCUGUGUCGUCGAGAAGUUCCCCGGAUCUCUCGGUGCCGUUUUGCAUUUAGUUACCACCGACAAUGGUUUGUUGGCUACCGUUGGUCUUGACCGAUACCUUCGAAUUUUUGAUCUCGAGACCACCGAGUGCACUGCAAAGAUGUUCGUGGGUACCCAAGUGUCCUCUCUGCUUUUCGUGGAUACCGAGCGAAAGACAGCCCAGGAAAAGCAUGUGGAGGAAACAGCUGAGAAGGAGGAUGACGAGCUGUGGAACGAUCUAGACAAGGUCGAGAAGAAGAGCAACAAGAGAAGGGUCGCUGGCAACGACGAGGGCAAGAAGAAGCUCAAGUCGGCGUAG